GAAAAUUUUCAAAAGUCACGGUGGCCUGGUAGCGUAAUGGUAACGCGUCAGUUUCCGGUUAAAGGACAUACUGAAGACUGCGGGUUCGAGUCCCGUCUGGGUCGUUUAUUUUGCAUUUUACAGCUUCGUUUUUGCUUCUGCGGUUGUUUGAAUAUCUUUUGUCCAAGACUGGAAUGCUCGGGAAGGUAGUGUGUGAAUUGGUGCGGGGCAGUGCAGACAAACCGAGGAUGACAGCUGGUGGAUGGUUUUAGCUCCUAAGCGAACAAAACAAACCAUUUUUCACUGAUGAGAUGAUGACUGUAGCUGAUGCGCUCUGUUUAUCUCCGCGAUUAGUAGCUUUAUGUACUAUUCUCUCUUUUUGAAUUCUCUGGAGUUGAAUUGGCUUUGAGAUUUUGCACUAGAGCAUACUGUAUGGAUCCUGCUGCCUCAGGCAUAAUUCUAUCAACUGCUCCAGGAGACUUCAGACUUUAAACCCCCACUUUCUGCCGGCGAAGCUGGGCAAACACCAAAACAUCACCGAUUCGUUCCACCACGGCAGCCUCAAAGCAACGUACACAUUCAAAUACGAACGAUGUGAUUGGAUAUGCCCCAGUAACGUUACAUACCCCAGAGUGGGCUGGCAUGCAAGGCUGAGGCUUGAUUCCCAAGCUCUAAUAUCUCGAAGAUACCCCUCCAUCGCGGAGUAAACCCAAGUCAACAUGGCACCACACGCAGACUCCCCAAGCGACGAUGUCGACCGUCUCCCGGCUCCUCCUCGCCCUUCAAUGUCCCUGAACCCUCCUCGACUCCUUAUUAUCGGUGCUGGAUCUCGCGGUACUGCCUAUGCCAGAGCUACAGGCGAAUCGUCGAAUGGUAUCCUCGUGGCGGUUGCAGAACCAAUUGCAUAUAAGCGGAAGCUGUUGGGGGAUUCAUACAUUUGGGGCAAGGCUGGACCUGCAGAGGGGCAGGAAUUCGAGGAUUGGAAACAGUUCUUGACUUGGGAACAAGAGAGGCGAGAGAAGGCUGUGAGGGGAGAAGAUGUACCAGAAGGAGUCGACGGUGUAUUCAUCUGCGUACUUGAUGAGAUGCAUAAGGAGGUUAUCGUAGGACUUGCGCCUCUUGGUCUUCAUAUAAUGUGCGAGAAACCACUGGCAACAAGUCUUGACGAUUGUGUCUCGAUUUAUAAAUCUCUCCUCCCGGAUCUACCAAAUACCACACCGUCGAAGAUCUUCUCCAUUGGACAUGUUCUCAGAUACAGUCCGCAUAAUAUGCUACUCAGGAAAUUGUUACUUGAGGAUAGAGUGAUUGGAGAUAUUAUGUCUGUCAACCAUACCGAGCCUGUGGGAUGGUGGCAUUUCACACAUAGCUACGUCAGAGGAAACUGGCGUAAAGAAUCCACGACUGCUCCGUCCCUCCUCACAAAAUCCUGUCACGACAUCGAUCUACUUCUCUGGAUUCUUUGCUCCCCACCGCCAGGGUCUGCCAACUCCGCACAUAUUCCAACGACAGUCAGUUCUGUGGGCGGCCUUCAAUACUUCAACAAGUCGCGGAAGCCCAAGGCUGCCGGUAAAGCUACCAACUGCCUAUCAUGCCCAGCAGAACAAACGUGCAAAUACUCUGCGAAGAAGAUAUACUUGGGAAAGGACCACACGGGACUCGGAAGUGGGAACAUAUUCUGGCCAGUCAAUAUCGUCCUCCCAGAAAUCGAGGAAUGUAUAGCUGCUGGUGGUGCCGCAGGAGGUGAAGCUGCUCUGACAGCCAAACUCGCAGAGGAUUACACGAACGAGACUCCAAAAGCUGAAAUAUCUGCCAAAAACUGGUUCGGUCGUUGCGUCUAUGAAGCAGACAACGACGUCAACGACGACCAAGUAGUCACCAUGCAAUGGGACAACGACCCAAUCCCCACAGCAGACGCAGAUACCGAGAAAGCGCUCCUCGGCCGCGGCGCCAAAACGGCAGUCUUCCACAUGGUAGCCCACACCAAGAAACAAUGCGAUCGCUACAGCCACUUCUACGGCAACGACGGUGAGAUCUACGCCGACAGCGAGACCAUCACCGUACAGGAUUUCAACACCGGCGCCACCAGGAUCUACAAACCGCAUCUUGCUGGCGGGGGACAUGGCGGUGGUGAUGAUGGGCUGGCGAGGCAGUUUAUCCUUGCUGUUGAUGCGGUUAAGAAUCAUGCUGUUAGUGUGGAGGAGGCGCAGAAGGUGCAUGUCGGGUGUAGUCUGGAAGAGGUUAUUAGGAGUCAUGCGAUGGUGUUUGCGGCUGAGGAGGCGAGGUUGGGGAGGAGGGUGGUGGAUUUCCCCGGGUGGUGGAGGGAGAAUGUUGAAAAGAGUUUGGUGGAGUGAGAGAGUAAAGCUGUCAGUGGGAGAGCGCCACUGCUUCUUGACUCUAGAUGCCAGCCUUGUGUUCCACGAAUGUCAUGUCGUCUCACUCCUCAUCAUUUCGUAAUCAUCUAAAAUAGGUGCACAACAGCAGCAACCAAUCCUUCCAGCGACGGUUUCAAAACAUAUCUGUUUAUCCUCUCCUCGCCGCUACCUUCUUCCACUUGAAAGGACCAUGCUCGUUAUGAAACACAGAAUCAAAUUAAGAGCGCCACAUUCCGUCCUUGUCGCUCUUGUAUCCCAAUCUCGUAAAGCUUCUUGUAUUUGUGGCGAAAACACUACUUCUCUAACCCAGCUACGAUGUUCUUUCAAUCGUAAAGCAGCGGUGUGGAGUCUACUAUUUUAAAGUACUGUCACUUGGAUUUUUUGCUGUCAAACUCCACGCGGCUGUCAUCCCAUCUUACAUCUAUGCCUCUACCCCCACUGCCAAAAGUCCUGUUUCCAAUGGAAGGUGUUGCUAAAGAUGUUUACUUCUUUCCACUGGAACGCAUCUUGCCGUUCUAGCUAUGCUUUUUGGAAGGAAAUUCAUCAAGGUCACUGGUAUGGUACAGUCUAACUGUCUAACUGUCCUCCGUCCUAGCGGGUAUAUCUUUCUUUUUCGAGUGGCAUCCUGAGCUUGAGAGUUUCCUUUGAGAUGUAUUUACGUACGAUGCGUAGCACAUACAUGGGUUGCAGGUUCUGAGAAUUUGGGGAUGGGAUUCACUGAUGUAUGUCGUUCUUUUCUGUUGAUGUUGAGAUGUUGAGGCAACGCGGAAUUGCUUGUGCUUGGUGGGUAAGCUGUCUUGAAAUUGCUAGAUUCACAUUUACUCUUCGAUUCCGCCAAUUCCGCUGCCCAAGUACCAUGUCACUGAACCCAAGUCAGGGGUAUUGGUAGG